UUCCAGUUUAGCUCGGUAGUUCGUAUUCGUAACGUGAGAGGUUUGAGAGGAUCUUCGGGAGGCUUAUUAUAACGCACGACCCUUUCGGUUUUUCAACUUUUCAUGACUGAAAGUUUAUGUGAUUUGGUGAUAUCGUGACACUGCUGCAACCCGGACAUCCCGAACACUAUUGGAUACCCUUCAAAUUCAAGCGUCUCGCUUUUUUAGUGUGUUUUUCUCGGCUUUAAAGGGUUGAACUUCAAGCAAACCUACGGAAGGCGAAUAACGUGUAUUAGGAGCGUGAGGAAAUUGUUCCUGGAGAAACCUCACAAGUGACUCUUCAACUUGCAAGAGAGCGUAAAUAAAGUGGGUCACAGGGAUGAAAACAACGGUUUUCAGCAUAUAAUCAUAGGCAUCUAUCGCGAGGCAAAAGAGGCUCUCAGUGGCAGCAGCCGUUCUUCGAGCCACGAACUUUUGUUAAGCGCUCCGCGCCAAUCUGAAACGGCGACGGAUCAAUAUGGCCCCACACUGAAGUCCAACAAACCAGUCGAAACACCCUCGCACACUCAGCCACAGCGGUAGUAGUAGCUGUCUGUCGCUAUCCGACGAUUUUAACGUUGCUGACUGCUCCUCGCUAGCUGGCACACCGUGCGCGUCCUUAUACACUCACUCCCAUUUUUAUCACCACACUAGUGCUUUAAAAGUGUUUGAUAGGUGUGUUUUUUUUUAAAAGACCUUAUAGUGAAUUGAGAUUUUUGGUCUUGGGAUCCAGUGUGAUACGUGUUGUGGAUUUAUCCAAAUAAGAUUAAUAGACGAAACUGUAUAUAAUAUGUGUGCUGAAACAGUGGCUGCAGCGGCAAUGAGGCGUGCUGUGCGCUAGCAUUGACUAUGGAAGCGCCGGUAUGGGCAUGCGCACGCACCUCCGGGCCCCUCCGACCCACUCAUCAGCCGCUGCGUUCACAAACUCGCCGAACUCAACGCGCAGCAACAACUUGCGACCUACUGUGCGCCUGUCCGCUUUGCCGUCACUUUUCCUCGCCGUUGCUCUUUGCUUGCUCCCAGUUACAGUAUCAACCGAUUCAUCGGCAAACGUCAACUCUGCAAACAAUGACGGCAGUUCGAGCGACGGAAAUAGCGGCGGCAGCAGCGGAGGCGGCGGCGGUUACCAGGAUGCGGUGCAUAUCACCGCCAUCUUGGGCGAGUCCGUCGUUUUCAACUGUCAGGUUGAAUUUCCCGAGGGACAUCCGGUCCCGUACGUGUUACAGUGGGAGAAGAAGAAGAGCCGUACCUUGAUUGAGUACUUUUUAAAGGGACAGGAUAUUCCGAUAUACAUCUGGUAUGAAAGCUACCCUACCCACAGCGGCGAGGGUUACGAGGGACGAGUAUCCCGCGUAUCCCCUGAGUCCAACUAUGGUGCCGCAUCGCUCAAUCUCACUAAUAUUAAGGAAUCUGACCAAGGAUGGUACGAAUGCAAAGUGGUAUUCCUCAACCGUUCCCCGAACCAACACAAGAACGGCACCUGGUUCCAUCUGGACGUGCACGCGCCCCCCAGAUUCGUAGUCACCCCGGAGGACGUAAUCUACGUGAACCUGGGGGACGCGAUCAUCCUUAACUGCCAGGCCGAGGGCCAACCCACACCAGAGAUACUCUGGUACAAGGAUGCUAACCCUGUGGAUCCAGCGACGACAAUAGGAAAUAUAGGAAUUUUCAACGAUGGCACAGAACUACGCAUAUCCAAUAUUCGACACGAAGAUAUCGGAGAUUAUACCUGCAUAGCGCGUAAUGGAGAGGGACAGAUCUCUCAUACUGCCAGAGUCAUUAUAGCUGGAGGUGCUGUUAUUAUGGUCCCACCAACCAAUAAGACUACCCAGGAGGGUGAAAAGGUCCAAUUCAAAUGUGAAGCCAAAGCUCAACCUGGAAAUGUGACAGUAAAAUGGUUUAGAGAGGGUGCUCCAGUUAAAGAGUUAGCGGCAUUAGAAACUCGUGUACAAAUACGGAAAGAUGGCUCUUUAGUAAUUAAUCCGGUUAUUCCAGAUGAUUCCGGCCAGUACCUCUGUGAGGUGAGCAAUGGAAUCGGUGAACCCCAAAGUGCAUCGGCCUACUUAGAUGUGGAAUAUCCAGCCCGCGUAACAUUUACUCCCACAGUCCAAUAUCUCCCAUUCCGACUGGCAGGAGUGAUACAGUGCUACAUUAAAGCUAAUCCCCCUAUGCAAUAUGUUACCUGGACCAAAGACAAACGUGUGCUGGAACCAUAUCAAAUAAAAGACGUCGUUGUUAUGAAUAAUGGAUCUUUGUUACUUACGCGUGUUAAUGAAAACCAUCAGGGUCAAUAUACGUGCACUCCAUACAAUGCUCAUGGGACAAAAGGCAGUUCUGGAAUAAUGGAUGUUUUGGUAAAGAAACCUCCAACAUUUACAGUUCAGCCUGAGAGUAUGUAUCAAAAGAAAGUAGGCGAAUCAGUAGAAAUGCACUGCGAAGCUGUGGGAGCUGAGGAUACUUCUAAGCCAACAAUUCAGUGGGCACGAAGAGAUGGAUCGCCACUUCCUAAAAACCGCGUAAAGAUUAUAGGAGGAAAUAUAACGAUAGAAAAUUUACAAAGAAGUGACUUCGGAUUUUACCAAUGUGUAGCAACAAAUGAAGUGGCUACAAUAGUCUUGUCAACACAACUAGUUGUAGAAGGCACCCAACCGCAUGCACCAUAUAACUUAAGCGGGACAGCGACAGAGUUUAGCGUAACUCUAAGUUGGAUGCCAGGUUACAGUGGUGGCCCAGACUACAAACAAGACUAUACCUUAUGGUACCGCGAAGCUGGACAAACUGAAUGGGCUACUAUACCUGUUACUCCAUCAGGUAGUACUCAAGUGACUAUUAACCGGUUAGCUCCUGGUACGACUUAUGAGUUUCAAGUAGUCGGAAAAAAUGCCCUUGGAGAUGGCAUGAUGAGUAAAACAUUUACAAUACGAACAGUAGAAGACGUUGGAUUACCAGUUCAAAAUACCCCCGCCUCGGUUAAUCCAGCCCCAAAUAACGAAAAUUUGGUGUAUUUAGGUCCAAAACCCGGUUCUCCCAGGAACCUGACUGUAACAGAAGUGGACCAUGGAUUCCUCAUUUCCUGGAUGCCUCCAAUGGAUCGAAGUGUCGAUAUCCAUCACUACGUUAUAAAAUAUAGAACGGAUGGACCUUGGAAGACCUUAAAUAAGGCUCAGAUAAGACCUGAAGAUACUCAAUAUUUAGUCAAGAACUUAGUUGGCGGAAGGACAUACUACUUCCGUGUAUUUGCUCAUGGCUUAGAAAGUUAUGAAGAAAGUGAAGAAGUUAAAUAUUCAGUUCCUGCACGUGUUAAGCAUAAGGCAAUCACUGCAGGGGUUGUAGGAGGAAUUUUGUUUUUUAUAGUCGCGAUCAUACUUUCUGUAUGUGCUGUAAAAAUAUGUAACAAAAGGAAAAGACGGAAACAGGAAAAAGCAUACAACAUGGUAGCUUGUAGAAUCUCCGAUGCCAGAAACGGAAGCGGAGCUACCGAGAGUCAAGUGCCUUUGAAAAAACUUAGAAAAGGCAGAAUACCAGGUCUAAGCAUCAUAGCAUUUGUCAUCAAUUGGAUAUGGCCGCGGGAUCGUUGUCGAUCUGGCAGUCUGUCUAGUCUAACUUGGCACCCGGACUACAUUCAACCUGGAUCAGCCUCCAAAUCUAAAUCUCUCGCCAGAAUAUCUAGAGCGGCCGACGGCAGAUUCAUCUUAGUAGACCCCAAUGAGCUGCGCUCGGGAACCCCCUCUAACGCCUCAAGCAGUGACGACGGAGGCUUUCUACCAAGCAAAAGAGGCAUUUUAAAUAGAGCUUCUUGGAGAAGGCCUCUAGUUGGUUAUCCCAGUCAGUUAAGUCUAAGAACUGAUGCCUCGGGCCAGUCCGCAGCCCCUCUUGGUUACGUGAUUGAAAAUCCUCAUAGGCUACCCACCUAUAUUAACCAUCCUACAUUGCAAUUUGUCCCUACCAUAUAUAGUCCCCAGACUCCCAAGUUUCAGAGCAGUUCCCCUACAAACUCCAGUGGGUUUUUGUUAUCCCCUUGGACUCCUAUGUACUUUAGUGACUUAAGUUCAGUGCGGUACACGAGUUCCGGCGAGAGAUCGUUCCCUACUCCGCCGGGUUUUAUGCAAUUACGUUCGGUUCACGAGAGGUACUCGCAAGAGUUGCCACCGUUACGAGCUAUACACGAGGAACAUCAAGGAUUCGUACCGGUACAACCUUUACUCGAGAGUCCGCGAACGAUUAACACGCGUGCACGAACUGGUAGACUUUUAGCCCCACGCCACGCCCGCUUAGCGCGCAGUGCUCCCGAAUUGGAUCAUCUAGAUCGCUCUCCAGAGAGUCGAUCUAGUUCAAGCGGUUUCGGUAGCAAGAAUACCUCUCAGCAGAACCAGAGCUCACACAGUGGCAGCACUUUUAUAGACUGGAGGUUACCGCCGUAUAGACCUCCUCCUGCACCGCCCAUGCUUCCUCCACCUCCUUCGCUAAUGAGACACUGGCUGGAGUUAGCGUCUAGCAGCCCGUCAGCCUCGGAUCAUUUACAUAAAGCUGUUGAUGUUGGUAGCGUUGACGGUCACUACGAGUUUGAUCCCAGUACUCCCACACCUACUCCAUCAACUCCGACUGGUUCAAGGGACGUUGAUGUAGUGGAUGGAGGUUCUGGGCCUCAAAGAAAAGGAUUUUUGUUAAGAAGUCGGUAUGAUAAUAUUGAUGCGCGGGUACAAGCUAUGAAAGAGGAGUUUAAUGAGUUUCGAAAGAGGCAGGCGAAUAGGCGAAGGAGUCACGUACUUGAAACCGUUUGUUAAAUAAAAUUCUUUUAUCGGAAGAUAAACUUUUUGAAAUAGUAACAUCUAUAUAUUCGUUUGUUUUACUAGACUUUACCUGUUUAAGUCCUAACAAUCCAAGAAUCUAAGAUUUGGUGAAAUAGGCGUUUAGCAAAUCAUAAUUAUUGAUUCUAUAAAUAAAUAUUGCUGCCUUAAAUUGGAUCUGAUCACAAGGAUUUUGAGUUGAUAAAAACGUUACAUUAUAGCAAUAGGAUAUUGCACUAAAAGCAAUUAUAUACUAUUUUUGUCGAGUAUAUAUAUGAUUGUCCUUUAAACAGAUCAUAUUUAAGUCAUACAUGAGUUUUAAGCUGAUAUUAAAGAAAAAUAGUUAAUGUGGUUGCUGCUUGAAAGAAGACUUGAAAUUUUGAAAUCCGUAAAAGUAGUAAUCCAAAAAAGGAAAAAAUAAAAACUCAAAGCUCAUGUUCGCAAAAAAAGUUCUAAGCAGCCUGUAAAAGAAGCUGAAUAAUAAAAUCCUAUGAGUAUAUAAUGAAUGACAAAUUCGUUCAAACAAAAUGAGAAGUUUAGCAAGGCAGCAUCGUUUCUUUGCGAUAUGUAAGAGAUGCAUAGGAGAAAACGUCUAAAAAUACUUUUGGUAUUUUGUCUUUAAGUAGCUAAAACUAACAUUAAAAAUAAUCAGCAAUUGCACGGUAUUAAAAAUUAAUUUCAAUUAGAUGCGAGUAUUUUCAUUAUAAAAUCAAAAUAUUACAUAAAUUUUCAAUAAAGCAUUAAUUAAAAAAAGAAACGGAAAUGUAAAUAUAGGGAAGAACGGGUAACAAUAAGACACUUUUUUUUAUUUUUCAAAAUUUUUUUCUUUAAUCGAUGUUAGUAUAACCCUAGUAUAUCAAUAAUUCUUAUUUAAAAAACGAUUUUUAAAUUUAUAUUUUAUAAGGAAAAAAUAUAAAUUUCAUUUAAUAUUGGCUUUGCCAAAACCAUUUCGAUUGAAUCUAAGGUAACUAGGUCUAUAUCAGUUUCUUGAGGUAUUAUAAAUCCAUUCAGUUUUAAGGCUUUUCGCAAGAAAAAUACUUUAUCUUUGUCUAUUUCGGUAAGAACUCGUCCCACAUAAAAGAUCGAUGUAUUAAAUUUAACCAAAACAUAAUUUCCUUUCUCAAGAUUUUUCUCUAAAAAAUCCAUUGCCAAAUCUUCAUUAAAUGAUUUAACAUCAGAUUCGUCUGAAUUAAAAACCUUCCUUUUGGUUUUAUUAACUACUUUGAGUACUUUUUUAGGGGUCUGUGACUCUUUAAGUCCAGCUUGGGAGUGUCUGUAGAUAUAAAAAUUCCCUCCCUUUUUCUGGGUUUGACUUCCUUUCUUCCGCUGUAAGAAACCCUUUAAAAUCUCUCGGUGAAAUAAACUCGCGAGAUUCAUCAGUUUGCUAAAUAAUUACCUGGCGAUGAAGAAGCUGAUGUAAUUGCUAUAUUGGAAGUUGAAGACUCAGAUAGCGUAGUAAAAGGGCAGAGUCGGUUUAUCUGAAUACAUAACGAUCAAAUGAAAAAAUUACAGUUUUUCCUAAAAGCUGAUUGAAUAUUUUUUGGAAUCCUUGCUUUAGCGUGGGCGAUUCCAACGCAUUCUGCAACAUUAUAGAGAGAAAAAGUCUUUGUUGGAUUUCUAGUUAUGCAGUAAUCAUGCGCAUCAUAAUAAUAGGUCUGAAAUGACUUAAAUACUCCUUUAUCAAGAAGCUGCAUUUUGUUGCCUGAAUAAGGUGGUACUGUUAAUACCUUAAAUCCAGGUUUUUUUACUAAUUUAAUUGCCCGAUAAACUAUAUGGUUCUCAUGAUUAUCAAAUAAUAAAAGGGAUUGAUUUUGUAAAGAGGUGUUAGUGUGCUGAAUAAAAUGAUUUAUCAUUUAUUGGGAAAUCAUCCAUCCUGUAGGCUGCGUAAGUAUCAAAGUGCCAGGAGAAGCUCCAAAUAACAUAUGUUGCUUGAAAUUAACCCUAGAAAAGAUCAUGGCGGGUGGAGUAGUGUUUCCAACAUCACUCACAAAAGAGCCAGUUAUAACCAAGAUGCUAAUAAGAGCACUAGUUAGUCUACAGAUUUGUUUACUGUCCUUUUUUGCAACAACACGAGACUCGCCUGGAAUAGUUUUUGUAGCCGUUUCGUCUAGGUUAAAAAUUCUGCUAGAGUUUGCUAAUGGUGGGUGUUUUUUUCAUGACGUUUGUUGUUUUCCAAAUUAAAUUUUUAAAAAUUAUGUUCAUUAAAUAAAGCAGGUCGUGAUAAGCUUAACCCUUUUGCUAAUCUCAAAGAUAAAUUUUUAUGUCUAUUCAUAAAGCCUACCAUCCUUUAAAUUUCUGCUAUUUGUUGCUUUUGCUAUUUAUCCAGACAUUUUAUUUGAUAUAUGGCCGCUACUUUAAAAGAUAUCUUUUUUAUUUCUACCAUUGACAGGUCGUAGAACAUUUUUGAACAAGUUACAUUGUAGUUUAUAAUCUGCCAAAUCAUUUUCUUGUUCUGUGGUAAAUAUUUUGUUAACGCUAUAAUUUGGUCCUAUAAUUUGUCCAGGGUCUGCUUAUUGUUUCUGGACAUAUCUGGCCGGGAACAAGCUUUUUCUCUUUGGCUACUAAACGAAUAAAUCUUGCAUUUACUAAGUUUACAGUCUCCCUUCUUACAUCUUUAGAAAAAACCCUUUUCAGUUUUUCUUUGGGGAAAUCUAGGCAUUGUAACCUACAAAAGAAUUUAGAUAAAGAAAAGACAAAAAUUAGACAAAAAUGGUUGGAAAAUAAUGAGAUGUCAUUGUUACCCUCUAGUGAUUGUCUCAUUGUUAUCCCAAGAUCAAUAUUCUAGAAUAUCGGUUAUUAAACUAUGUUUAUGUAUAUUAAAAAUUAAAAAAAUUACCGAAUCUUACCUUUAGGGUCUCUUCGCCUUUACUAAGAGUAAGAUAAGUCACGUAGGACUUGUCGAAACAUUGUCUUUAUCACUUUUAAUUAUUUCACGCGUUUUUUUACUUUCGACUGCAAUAACGCAUGUGUUUACGGAUGCAGCGUUGCCGAACGACUGACGUUUGUCUCAACAGAAUUACUUCGAAAUGCUGAUAUUUGACAACACUAUCAAUAGAUGUCGUCUUACAUAUACUUUUAAAUAACGUAAAUAUUUCAAGUGUUUUAUUGUACCCCGUGACUCAUUGUUACCCGUUCUCCCCUACAGAGGAAAGUUUAAAACAAGAGAAGGUUCAUAUUUGAAUAAAAGAAAACGAAGCCUCUAAUGAAAAGAUUUAGAUAGUAGAACAUUCAAAUCAAUCCACAGUAAAUAGCAUCUAUCUCAACCAAUUCUUUUGUUCUGCGGUAUAUGAUAUAGAAACAUGCGUAGCAUGUGACAACCUUACUCACGUAAUAUCAGUUAAAGUAAUUUUUCUUUAAGGUAAGUUCAGUUCGUUACUCCUUGAAACGCGAAAAGAUGAAUUUUAAUAUAACCUAUAAAUUAAUACAAUUUUAUUAUGCCUCCUUCGAAAAUUCGCUAAUAACUAAUGUAACAACAUCUAAAAUUUUUAGUGAUAGUUUUCUCGCUUAUAAAGUAUCUCUUCAGCAAUAAAUAUGUGCACACUUUUAUUAUAACUACUUAAUAAUAAUUACCUAGUAUAAAAACAAAACACUUUUUAAUGCAAUAAAUAUUAUUAGUUUCCCUUUUAUAUCAUAAUCCUUAGAUAGUAUUCAAGCUUAAAAGUUAUAGUGAAAGUAUGCAUGAUAUUUUCAACUAUACUUAAUUACGUUUUGUGUGAUGAGUGAAGUGCAAAAAUCAAAUAACAAAAAAACAUUGUUAAGAUAGACAAAAACAACUCUUUUUUAAUUCAGUGUGAUAUCCAAUGUAAUUCGGAAACGAAAAAUAUGUUCUAAAUAUUUAACACAGAACCAAGCUGACUUUUUAGGAUUAAAUUGGUAAACGUAAGAUAAAUAAGUUUAUUCCACGAAAACUUUUUUGUAAAUUAGAAGGAUUUAUGUUGUAGAGGUUAAAAAAAGUUAAAGCUCAAUUUACUCGAUACAGUAAGAACCAUAACAAAUGUUUUAAGCUUUUGUUAAAUGGGCUGAUUUGGGUGUAGUUUAAGACAUUUGUAAUGUUUUCAAUAUCGUUUAUAUAAGACACCAUACAAUAGUAUUGUGAUCACGUAAAAAGUUAGAAUUUUGCUUAAGGUUCAUAAUCAUCCAUUCGUAAAAUAUAAUAAGCAAACUUUACUAUAUACAGGGUGUUCCGUUGAUCAUGUUACAAACUUCUAGGGCAGAUCGAAAACGUCAAAAGAAAAACAAAAGUUCAUAUAAUCAUGGGUCCGGAAAAGCUUCCUCAGGGAGCUACAGCUCUUUGAAAAUAACCUUUAAAAACUAGUUUUUUUUUAAUAGCUCCGGAACUACUUUAGCUACCGCAACCAAUUUUGGGAGGUAAAUUAUUGUUAGUUCGAUUAUUCUUUUGAAUCUACUAAAUAAAAAAAAUAUUUACCAGGGGCUUCAGAAUCAGGGGGGUAUUUGGUAAAUUUAGGCCCAUUUCUUUAAGACUUUAAUUUCUGCCCGUUUGGGCAUUAGAUUAUGAUGUUCCUAUGCUUUUUACAUAAAAAAGGUGCUCUUAGUAAAAGUCGGUACAUGGUACGGUCGGUACAUUCUGAACCCCUGGUAAAUAUUUUUUUUAUUUAGUAGGUUCAAAAGAAUAAACGUACUAACAAUAAUUUACCUCCCAAAAUUGGUUGCGGUAGCUAAAGUAGUUCCGGAGCUAUUAAAAAAAAACUAGUUUUUAAAGGUUAUUUUCAAAGAGCUCUAGCUCCCUGAGGAAGCUUUUCUGGACCCAUGUUUAUAUAAACUUUUGUUUUUCUUUUGACGUUUUCUAUCUGCCCUAGAAGUUUGUAACAUGAUCAACGGAACAUCCUGCAUAACUAAAUUAUUAAAAAUUGCUUGGAUCCAGCUCCUUUUUCCUCAAUGACAUCUUUAAAAUUGUUUUAAAAGGAUUAAACUCCGUUUAAUUUUGUUUAGUCUCAUUCUAAGUCUUCUUAUUACCUGAUGUCAAUAACAUCUUAACUUCGAUAUCUUUAGUUGAGACCUAUGAAUCUUCUUAAAUGAUCUUAAAGAAAAUAAAAACACAGGUUUGAAUUUUAGGACUCGAAUGGGGUUAAAUGUGUAACUUUUAGUCUGAUAAAUGGUUUUUCAGCUAAUUAAAAGAUAUUAAUAAAUACCUAAUAAGAUAAUGAAUUUGCAAGCAUCGCACCCCUAGCGGCUAACAGAAAAAUUAAAACAUCCUACCGUGAUAAAAUCAAGCUCAAAUUGAGAUGUCUUCUUUUUAAAUAAAAGGAAGGUAUCUGGAACAGGAUAUCCAUAUUAAAUGCAAAAUAUAAGGAUACAUUUAAAAGACAGUUUGGCACAACACCAGGCCAAACAAAGUAUUUUAUAUUGUAUAAUUAGUCCAUGGCUACUGUAGAUUGUAUUAUGUUAUGUCGGAGGGGAGACUGCGUGCAUGUCAUUUUCCUCACAUCUUUUGUAGUUCUUUAUAUAAAUUAAAAACUUUUUAACACCUACCCAAAGUGCUUAUUUUACAAAAUAUUCUGCCAUGCAUUUUUUUUUUAAUUUUUGUCUACACAAAAAAACGCUAACGCCGUUGGAAAAAAUUCCAUCGAAGUUAAAAACUAAAUAAUAUGUAUUUACUACUUAGAACAUUGAAUACACUAGAAUAAACAUUGGCUGCUUUGGAUUGAGCGCAACAUCUACACAGGGGGCAGAGGGGAUAUUUUUAUUGAUAAACAUGCUUAGUAUUCCAUGUUGCCAGUGAUCACUCAAUUUUAACAGAAGAAAAUAAAGUGAUAUAAUAAAUUAUUUUAAUUAGCAGAAACUGAGUUGCAUUCUUUAUGAUAAGGCAAAAGAAAGAGUGAAACUCGUUUAAUAACCAAAACUAUUUUAUACUAUAUUUACACUAAACACUAAUAAUAAUUAAUAUUUUUAAUUUAGAUUCUUUAAAUCACCAAAAUUCUACACACACCCGCAACGCUGUAGAUUUUGCCCAGAAAUAUUCUCGCAAUAAAGGUAUUACUAUUUGGCAACUGUGCUCGUUGUUUACUUUUGGAUGGUGCACCUUUCGUACAGUAUUAAUAUUAAAAAGAUGUUUUGAGUGAUUUCAGUGCGUUUUUUAAUUAGUAUUAAGUCUUAAAACUCCCUUUUUGCUAAAAACUAUAAAGAAGUCUGAAGUGGGUCACAUAUCAAAAGAAUUUCUUACUGGUAAACUGCAAGGGGUGGGUGGGAGUUUGUAAGGGUAGUGUUUUUUAAAACAAUUUUUUGUAUAAAACAACACCCGCUUUUUAACAAUACUACCCUUUGCCCCUCACCCACCCCAUACAGUUUACCAGUAAGAAAUUGUUUUAAAAAAUCACUGUUUUUCGUCCAUAAACCUUAACCUCUCAAUACACUUUUUGUACUAAAUAUUUAUAUAUAAAAUUUAAAUAAAUUAAAUAACCUAGAAGAACAAAAACUAUCAUCCAAUAUAUAGUACUUAAAUUUGAUAUUAUUUAAUAUAUAUUUAUUUAGGACAAAAACAGUGUUGUUAGAUUGCAUAUUAUGAACGAAAUCAUCUAUUGUUCAUCAUUUGACCACAGUACCGGGUCUUCAUACAAAAAAUAAACAUCCUAUUUGAGUGGUAAAUUAAUGACACCUUAAUAAUAAGAGAAUUAAAUUUUUCUUCCUCUUCUCUUUUUCUUGUUUUCUUCCAAGUUGUAAGUGCCUGGACUUUAUAACCUGAAGAUAGUUGAAUAAUGAAACAUUUCAGGCAAUUUGGGAUUUGUGGGACAACAAGAGAUUGAAAGAACUUAGUUCCAACUGUCUGAACAAAUGAAAUCAUUCUUCCUUUCUCUUUUCCUUUUUGGUUUUGGACCUUCGAGUCGGUUUAUCGAUUGGUAGACUCUGGUCCGAAGACCAGGUUCGUUGUCCAAUGUUUGGAUGAGACCGUGACUUUGUGUCCUUACCUUUGUUUUUGUUUUCGUUUGGUCUCUUAGAGAAAAAUGGAUGAUACGUUUCUAUGGGCCACAUAUAUUGGAAAAAAGGAAAUUCAAAUUGUUCCUUUCGCAGUUGGGUGUCAAUGGUAUCAUCCUUCUAGGUUAUAAUAUAAAAGACGGCAUAUUUGUGAAGUAUCUAUUGAGUAUUGGCUACCAAAAUAUUAAUAAAAAUGUGUAAAGUAUAUUAUUAUAAUCUAGCAAAUUAAUUGCUUAUUGGAACCCAAAAUGCCGCAAAAUUAAUGUAUGCAAAAAUGAAGGUAGUAUUUGGUCGAUAUCCAGCAACCAAAAUUAAGAACGCAGCAUAUGUCGUUUACCAGGAACAUAUAGUCUGCGCCCAUUAUUAUUUAAUCGAUAUAAUGCCCGUAUCUCCUAGAAUUUCAAAGGAGCUUUAAUAAUUUUUUGUCUAGAUACUAACAAUGGAUAACUAAAUCGGUUUAUAGUGGGUAUAAACCGCGACAAACUAAGCUUUUUUUGUAAAAAUGAAUUAAAAGGUUAACUUCCAAAGGAUUUGAACUAAACUUUCUUCUGUAAUAUAUAAUAAAUAUCUAAACGGAUUGGAGAUGGUUGCACACCUCUACAACGUGUUUUGAUUUAAAAUUAUUGAGUUCGACGUUAUAAACGGCUAUAACUGCCAAAUGAUAUGGAUAAAACUUUUCCUUAUAGCCGUUAGGAGUUACAUAGCUGUUUAUAUUUUUUAAUAUCUAACAAUUCAAUAAUUUUUUACCAAAAAACUUUAGUUUGUAAAGGUUUAUAACCACUAUAAAUCGAUUUAUAAAAAAAUAUUGAAAUUCCUUGGGAAUUUCAGGAGAUAUGGGCAUUAUAUCGAUUAAAUAACAGCGGGCGCGUACUAUAAAUAGGUUGCUAGAAACGACAUAUGCUACGUUCUAGAUUUUUGGUUGCUGGAUAUCGAUCGGGCGCUAGCUUCACAGAUAUGAAAAAAUAACUAGAAAAACAAUGGCAACUUCAGAUACGUGGAUUGUAAACAUAGAGGUAUUCUACGUUGCCAAGUUGCUUUUUUUUCAUUAACAUGUACAUUUUUUACCUGUUACAAAUACACAUUAAAAAAAUAUGUAGUGGAUUAAGAAAAUUAUAUAUUGAAUGAAAAAUUGAAAAGUCGAUUUGACAUCAUUGUCUGAGAGAUGGUGAACUCAAACAACCUUGCCUAUGGUUUGCAGCUAGGCUUACUCUAAGCAUUCAAUGUUCUAAGAUUUACUAUUUAUCACCAGAACGCCCGCAUACACGCGAUAUGCGUAAAAGCGCAUGUGCAUAUAAGAGAGAUGAAGUGAUUCCAAUAACGUAUACGUGUAAAUUGUUAGCUGCGCAUGCCCACUUUUACGUUAAUGCUCUACGUGAUACGUAGGCAUACGGCUCUUUAACGACGAUCCAAACUUUAUACGCUUAUCUGCGAUUACUUGCGAACAGCAUCAAUUAUGUAUAACCGAGUAAACAACUUUUUUUUGUAUGUUUAAAUAAAAUUCUCGGUCUGAAAUAAAUCCCAAAAGAGUGCAUCUUUUACAUCAUCGUCGCUAAAAUCUGAAUCUCUAAUAUAAUGCAUUAAGAGUUUUGUCCAUAAUUAAUUCGAACUUUGUCUCUUGUACCACCAACAGCACAACAAAAAUUAAUAAUUAGUGUUCUAAGUUUUGUUUAUUUCUAUUUCAUAAAUUAAACACCAUCACCGCAAAGAUCAAAUUUACCUAGAUUACGUCGUACGUCUACGUUUACUUCCUGGCGUUACUUUAUCUGCCCAUUCUCUCUUUGGCCAGAUAAUUAUUACUUCUUUUAUUAUUUAUAGAAUAAUAAUAUUAAAAUUGUUUUUCAAGAUAUAAAAAAUUGCAUGUAGAAAUAAUAUUGUGUGGUACUUAUUCAUUUCAACUAAUUUUUGAUAGCUAAAUGCUUAAUAUUAAUGGCUUACAAAUAAAUAUCAAGGCUCCAUCAAACUGGGUUGCGGAAAAAAAUUACCUAAAAACAUAUAAAUAAUUAUAAUUUAUAUAAAUCAAUAAUUUUAAUAUGUAAGUGUGUUUAUAUAUUAGCCACUGUUUAACAUUUAUUAAUAAAUAUUCAAUGCAACAAUGCUCAUCUCAUUCUACACAAAAAAAUGCACAUGCCUCUCUCCGUAUUUACUUAUAACAUGUGUAGAUGCAUGCGAGUGAUUAGUACUAUGUAUUGUCUGGGAAUCCAAAAUGAUAAAAUUAAGCCAUUUUGGAAAAAACAACAAAAUACGAACCAAGGAUACAAUCAAACACGUAAACAAAUCAACAGUUACAUAAUUACAGAACUUAGAACAUUCAACAAACACAAAAUUGACCAGAAUUAUAAAAUGUAAGUAUAAGUCUUGACACUUAAAACAUCCACAAAAAAACUUGAAAACUAAACUAUAGUAUCAAUUUCGACAUAUACUAGUCAGGUACAUUGUACGCAUAUAAAGGACAAAAAUAUGACCUUUACGACAAAUAUUUUUCUAAAUCAAAUACUUAAAACCUUAUUUAAUAUUGUUGAGGAUAAACCUAAAAUUUUAGAUUUUAAUUCUAAUUACCCUAAUAGAUAUAAACUUGCUACGAUCGAUAAUCUUGGGGACAGAGCAGUUUUAUUUUUUGUUGACAGGUUUAUUAAAGAUAAUCUUCAAUUAAUAAAAUCUACCCUUGCAAAAAACAGCUUUCCUGAAAAACUUUUAAAUUUUACGAUCAAAAAGAGACUUAGGGAAUUAAAAAAUAUUACUCAUUCGACACAUCAAACUAAUAAUAAUAUAACCAACAACAUAGUUAGGAAUCGAGAAGUGACCUAUUUAAAGCUGCCUUUUUCUUCAUUCUUAAAAAAAUAAAUGAAUAUUAAUCUCAAACUACUUGAUAUUACAGCGGCUUGGUCUUCUUCUAACGAAACUAACGUAAUUUUUUAUAAAAUUAAAGAUCCCAUUCCUCUUAUGAAAAUAGUAAUGUGGUUUAUAAGGUUGAUUGUCUUUCUUGUCAGAUACUUACCUCUAAUAUUGUUCAAGUAUCUCAGUUACAUCACAAAAAGUCGAACCAAUAAAAAUCAUUUAAAAAAUCUAAACGAUAAUUAUUCUGGGCUUUAUAUAACUUUAACAUGGUUAGAAUCUUUUAUAGAGAGAGUAACCUUUAUAAAAGAUACUACUAGAGUCGUGUUAUAUAAGCGAGUACAAAAAUGUUAAUAAAUGGGCUGAUUAUCAGAAUAGCUUGCAAAAUUAUAGCUUUAUUCUUAAAUUACAUUAAUGCUUAUUUCACUAAAAUAAGAAUAUCAAGAAUCCUGAACACAAAAAAUGUUCCGUGUGCCAUCUAGUUGUUUCUUCUCCAAACGCAGGCUUUAAGUAUUUGAUUUAAAAAAAAUUCUUGUCUUGAAGGUCAUGUUUUUGUUCUUCAUAUAUGUACCUAACUGACUGAUGUCGAUACUGAUACUAUAGUUUAAUUGUAAAGUUUUUUUGUGGAUUUUUUAAGUGACGAGACCUAGACUUAGGGUAAUUCGAGGAUAGAUGGCCCAGGUUUUAAAAUGUCACGGUAACAUUUCUAUGUGUUGAAUUAGAAUUACUGUUCAUUUUUUUAACGAAUCUUUAUUGAGUUUAGAAACAUGUAUUAACCAAUUAAAUGCAUUAAAAAAUAAAAACUUAUAAUUCAGAAAAAAAAAUAAAAAUAGUUUACAAAAACCAUCUCCCCUACGGUGCUGAGGUGAGAUGGCGUAACGAAAAAAAAGGUGUUUUGGCCAAAAUGUCACUUUGUUUUGCAUACAACCACACCACAGUCGUGGCAAAAGUUCACAAACUUGGAACAGGAAUCGUGAAACCAUCUGGUGCAACGCAAGCAAUUAACCCAGUCGUCAGAUUUUGUGGUUUGGGAAUAUAUUUCGCCACAACCGGUGCAAGCCUGGUCAUCGUCGUCCAUAUCAUCUGAAGUCAUCCAAUGUCGGUGGCUCUAGAUCUUCGUCUGAGGAUGAGUCGCUUGUGGCAGCUUUCUCAAUUUUCUUUUUGGUCACUUUUGGCUUCUUCAAAACUGGUUUUAAUUUAGUGAUCUUUAUUUCUUUCUGUGUUUUUUUAGACGCUUUGUUCUUUUUUUCGCCAAUUCUUGUCUCUGUAGUUAAAAUUUCCGCCAGGUGCUUGCUCCUUUUGCGAACCGAAUUAAUGUUAGCGGAAACAACUGGAACAGGUGAAAUUAUGUAUAGCAUUUUUCCAGGGGUACUUUUGACGAGAGUAUUUGCAUUAGCUUCUGUAACCGAUUCAUUUUCUGGUCUGGUAUAGAAUCAUCUUUAGUCUGCCAACUGCAGCCAGGUUGUUGAUUAUCAUCAGAUAAAGCUUUGGUAAAACUUUGAGAACUACCAUCUGGAAUUUUAUUUUCACCUGCAUCGGGAGCCUCAAGUACGAUACUAUUUUCAGUCAAAUAGGCGUCAUCUGGGAUAGCAGAAGGAUUAAAUGGCAUAAUUCCCGUAGCCUUGAACGCCGAAGUUCCAUUAUUUACAGUUGCAGACUUGUUCCAUCCUUCAGCAAGUAACUUUCCAAAUUGUAAUCUAGUGAGCUUUCGUCCUGGAUUAUUUUUAAUUGUUUGUUUUAUUGUUGUGUUUAAUACAGUAUUCUAACAUCUCAACGUUAUUGCAGUGUGAAGCAUGACCAUCAAGCAGUAACAAAACUGUCCCUGUCUGACAAAUAUGUCACUGAAAAAAUAUGUCACUGUUGACAUAAGACGAUCUUUCUGACAUAUAAACCAAGGAUCCCGGAGGCAUCCUAUCCUCGAACUCUUGCUUUUUGUUUUUUCCUUUCAUGACGCAGGUUGGGGGAAGAAAAAUGCCUUCCGCAUUACAAUAGGCUAUAACUGUAAUGGUUUCUCCCUUUUCAUCGGAGCUGAUACUUGCGAUGUUUUUAGAUCCUUUCUUAACAAUAACAUGCCCCGGCAUAUUAUUAAGUUGUAAACCCGUCUCAUCCAUAUUGUAGAUGUGUCCAGGUUUAUUCAUAAGAUCAUUCUCGGUCAUAGUAUUUUCUAGCAGCUGAAAGUAAGUCUCAACAUCUUUUUUGUUCAUACCCAAGGAUGGAUUAAUGGAGACCCCUUCUGCUUUUCUCACUGACAGCCUUGAGUUUCUCUGCAGGAAUAACUGCAGCCACGGAUAACCAGCUAAUCUCAAUUCCUUAUUAAAAUUAUGUUUAAUACCCAGCUGUCCGGCCAAUCUAAAAGCCAUACUUCGCACAUCAGUUCGAGUAGGAGAAAAUCAAUUUUUUUGAAGUUUUAGGAUAUGUGUGGCCAACUUUUUUUCAGCAGCUUCGCCUAACGUGGAGGAGGGUCCAAGAGGACCUUUCUUUAUAUUGUCUGCCAAUUUUCUUCUUCGUAGAGUGGUUGCCGGAACCCCAAAAUUACGAGCAGCCUCAUUAACUCCCAUUCUAUUUUCAUUAACGGCUUGAAUGGCGUCGGCUAACUGUUGUUCGGUCCAACUAGCCCUUGAACAACUUCCAGCACGCUUGUAUUUGGUGGGCAUAUUAAAAAGAAAAAUAAAUAUUAAUGAGCCAUCUCACCUCAAAAAUAAGUGACCCAUCUAUCCUCGUUGUGAGAGGAGAGAUGGCGCACCUCAAAAACUAAACAAGUUUUGAAAUAUGCGCUAUUUUGAUGUUAUAUAACAAAACUUAAAUGUUUUUACUUACCUGAGACGAUAUUGUGAUUCAAAUUAUUGUUAUAUUUAAAGCUCACUAGCACAAAGAAGGAAUUCCGACAAAUAUUUUUGCAUUAUACGAAUCACGUAUAAAUUGAUAUUUAAGUGGACAUUUAACGAUGAACACAAACGGUGCGGUGGCAUGCCUGAUAUGAACUGAAGUACCUCAGAGCACAGCCGCUCCCCUUUAACGUUAGCGGCAGCGCUGUAAAACCAUUGCCCCAUCUUACCUUCUGCGCCAUCUAUCCUCGAAUUACCCUAUAGUCAACUUUGGGUUUGUUAAAUGUUUUAAGUUUUGUGAUUAUGUAACUGUUGUUAUGUUUGCGCGUUUGUUUGUAUCCUAGAUUUGCAUUUUGUUGUAAUUUUCAAAACGUUUUCAUAUUAUCUUAACAGCCGUCUGAAGAAGUCUUAAAUCCGAGACGAAACGUCAUGCCAUAACAAAUAAAGGUCAAGAGAAAUUGAGGCUGUACUUUUGAAAACAUUUUGUUUAUAAGAAUACAAACUUAAAUAAAUGCUGAACAAAUACUUUAGUAAUUUUGAAACAACCAAAAACCAAAUUAAACAACUAAAAUUUUUUGAAAACAACCAAAUACCACGAAUCUGCGUCCAUCACGAGCUGAAUUUUUCAAUAGCAACGAGCUUAAUAACCAAUUAGGUACGAGUAGACUGCAUUGACAUACCCCUUUCUCAUAACGUUGCCAGUGAAAAAAAAAUCUUAACUUUAAAUUAUAUCCGGUGGUUAGAUACCUAACUGAGUAAUUUACAAAAGGUAUUUAAAAAAAAUUACUUUAUUGUUUUUUGUAAAAAUCAUUAGAGACAAUUUAAAAAUAAGAAACAAUAGACGCAACAUUAAAUUAAGAGACUAGAUAUUAACAGAAAAAGAUCAUCAGACGCAUAAAUGUGCCCCCAAAGGCUGUUACUUGACGAAUUUUUACCUAUUUUUAUUAAAUUGAGUAAAUCAUUUAAAAGGUUAUUAAGAUUUAAAUAAAAAAUUCAGUAAUAUAAGCAAAUUCUAACUUUUUGGACCUAAUUAUCUUAACGCUUUAUGGUGGUCGAAACUUCAGACCGCGACCAACAUUCACAAGAGGCUGUUGCGAUAUUGUAAUAUUAGUGUUAGGAUAAAAACUGUAAAAUGUAAUUAUUUUAUUUCUAUUUAUUUAUAGCAAUAUUCUAUAUUUAUUUUAUUUGCUACAGAUUUAUCCACUUUAAUUUGUCCCUUCAUUUAUAAAUGCCUGCAUACGGCUUACUGAAUAAUGUUUUACAUUAAACUGGAUAGAUCAUGGUUUAGAUUAUUAUAUUUAAUAAAAACUUUGACAAUGUUGUUUUAUAAUGUAACUUAAUAAAAAAAUAUUUUAUUUUAGUUUAAUUAAACACCUGUCAGAGUUUUUAUGUUUGUAUUUUUGAGUAAUUCAUACAAUUAUAAAGCUUUAAUUUUGUAAUUAUUCGUUGGGGUUGUUAUAUUUUAAACUAACUACAAAUCUAUAUAAGUAGCUUUAAUUUUUUGAGAAUAAUAAUGCCAUGUGAGGACUGGUUGUAUUAUAAAUACCAUUAAAGUCAAUAUAAAAGUAGUUAAUAAAUGUACUUUUUAUAAUUUAUUUUCGAAUUUGAAUAUGUAGAAGAUCUUAUUUCGCACUUUAUUUUUGUAAGUAAAAUGAAAAAUUAAUAUAUAUUACGGUCCCCCCAUCUUAACUUUUAAACAAGAUAUGAUAAUUUAGUGGAAUGCAAUUUCAUUAAAAAUAAUUUAUUUAAAUAACUUAUAAUAAAAAUCUGAUAGUUCUCCUCGGCAUAAGGUAAAGGCUUUCGAAUUAUAAUUUUAUCUGACCAAAAUCUUUUUAUCUUUCUUGUUUAAAGUUUAUAUGAGGACUUUUUUGGACCAACUAUUUAUAUUUAAUUUUAAAGCGAAGAUCUUCUAAAAAAAGCUUAAAAGUUUUAUCCUGUAUGUUGUGCAAUAAUAACUUUUUUCACAUAAUAUUAUAUUUUCAGCGAACUUAUGAUAUUUUGUAAAUAGCAAGCCGAUUAUGUUAAAUACAAAUAAUUAUCAUGUGUUAUCUGUAUUUUAAAAAAUUGUCUUGCCAGAGGACAUGUUUCAAAUAAAUGUAGGCUAUGCGUAGGUAUUGGCUGGUAUUGAACUGCUAGAUAUUAAUUAAAUAAAGGAAGUUACAAUAAUACCAGCAAUGUGAACAAUAAUAAGAGAAUUUUAUUUCUUAUUUAUAAUUAGUUAAAACAAUUGUAUAAGUAUGCAACCUAAAUAUGUAUGUAAAAAUGGUUCCAAAAAUAAUAGGUCACAGAGCAGGGUAUCAACGUUUUUUUAAUUGGUGCAAAAGUAAUAUCAUAAUUUGCACCGGCUAGUAUUUUAUUAUGAAUAAAAAAAGACCGCUGUUAAAAAAAGUCUGGUGUUAUUAGAUCUGGCGAUCUGGAGGGCCAGUUCACAUCUCCAGAACAAGAGAUCACUCGACCUAAAAGUGUGUCUCUCAAAAUCUCCAUAGUUGCCCAAGCUGCGUGAGUGGCUGCUAUGUCCUAUUGGAACCAACAAUAAUCGAGACUUCAGCUACGGUUAUCAAAAAAAUUAAAAAAAAAUAAGGUCCAUAUCCAAUGAUACACCAGAUAGUCACAUUUAGGGGAUACAAUGGUUCAUCGGCCAUUUGACGUGGAGUCUUUGUAAAUAAGCAGUGAAAAUAAUUCGUUCGCACAUACGUUCUUGUAGUGUGUAUCGCUGCAUUGCUUGUUCACAACUAAUUCUCUAUAUACCUACAUCAUAAAUGUCCACAGUGAAAUUUGAUGACAUUUGUGAAAAUACCAGCUAAUGUAAAUUAUGACAUUACUUUUGCGCCACCUGUUAUAUACAGUUUUGUGUUGUAAUUUCUUAACGAAACUGAAUAGUAAAACUAAUUAAUAUAUUUUUAAAGCAAGA